CUGUAAAGUAACUUUCCCAAAAUAUCCAUUUCUAAAACAAACGGGAUUUUCAGUGUACCUACACUUACCUGUUAUCAUAUGUCAUUAGAAAUUAACCUUUAUUUACGAUUCACCCUGUAGUUUUUUUUGUAUACCUAUUAGGUACCUUAAUAACAUGUAUAAAUAGCAAAAGUUCACAGUAUUUUAACUUUAUUCCAUUUUUGAAGUUACAUGUCUAAUUAUUGGAAAUUAACUCUAAAUAACAGAGUGCAACACACCCAACACGCUGCUAAUAAUAACCUCAAGUGUUUUAGCCAAUGAAAUCAUUAAAAAAAAGGUAGUCUAGGUACUACUUAACUAGGUACAUAGCCAAUGUAAUAGGUAUUUAAUAUCAAAUUUUAUGUAAGAGCUUUAUGGUGGCAAAAACAAAAGGUUCUUAUAUUCAAUAGCAUUUUUUGUAAAAAAGAAAUUACCCAUAAGCUCUUUAAAAUAAUAAGAGGUGCUAAAUAAUUAAAAUUGUCCACAAAUCUAGUGUCAAGACCACAAGUAGUGCUGAAAUAGGUAGCAUGUUGUUUCUAAAUUAAGUUAAAAAAAAUAUAUCAGAAAUUUUUAAAUCCUAGAUGCCUAUCCAAAACAUUUUGUGUUCUUUAGUAAGUACCUACAACAUGCACCUUUGUAGAAUUAUUGUAAAAUAGGGCUAAAUAUUAUUUAAAAGAUUUGGUUUCACUGUGAGCACACAUAUCAAUUCAAUUAGGACAUACUUAUCAUUCUAUUAUCACAUCAUUAAUUGCUAAAUCGGAUUAUUGUAAUAAGAAACUAAAAAUACAUAAUUCUAAGAACUAAUCUUUUGGAAAUUUGACAAAAUUUAACAGCAAAUAUCUUUUUAUAGAUAAGAGGUACCUAAGUAUAAGAACUAAAUAUAUAGGUACCUACCUUGCAUCCUAAUUUACCUAAGAAAAGUUGAUCAAAUCCAAGGCGUGGCAUUUUUAAAAUGUUAGGUACUUAUCUCACAAAAACAAUUUUAAAUCUACCUAUGACUUGUUUCUCAGUGUAUUUUCGUAACACCCUGUUUUUAUAUUAAUAUCAACUGUUUACAAAAUCUAAUAACUUUUAAUUACCCUAAAUAGGUAGGUAAGUACUAACCUCAUUCCAUUUGAUUUAAAAUAGAUAAGUAACAAUAAAAUUAUAUCACCACCUAGGUAGGUAUUAGGUAUAAUUAUUUUAACAAAAAGCAAACCUACUCUUCAAGAUUCACAAAAAUAACUGUACAAAUAAUGUUUUAACAUUCCACUAAGGUAAGGUAGGUGUAUGUAUUUAAGCACUGUCCCGAAUUCACCUAUUUUCUUGGAAGUAAUUUCACAGCAUUUAUUAUAAUUCCUAUUUAGGGUAUAUUUCGCCUGGUUUUCUAAACACAUCACAAUAUAUAACACAGCACCCAUUUCGAAGUAUAUUAGCUAUUAUUUGACAUUUUAAAAAUCAAACAGCGACAUUACAUUUUUGAUGAUUAUAUUAACAAAAUCUUAGUAAUCAGUCGCUUUAGUUUCCAUAGAAAUAAAACAAAAUAGUAAGCUAGUGAAAUAAACAGAUAUCGACAAAGUUAUCAAAACGACUUUUAAACUUCAAACAUUUCCGAUUCACAAUAAAUUUAGGUAGGAUUGAAUUAUAAUUCUAAAAAUAGAAUUUAAGAUUCGCAACCGGAGAAAUAAACAGUAAGUAACGAUUACACUUGGAAUUUAACCUAUUUUUUUUGUAACAGAUGGAUAUUAUAUACCUGGGUGUUGGCUUUUGCACGAGACUCCGACUAUUUUAUUGAUUGAAAAGCGCUGCUUGUUAGGUAGAUAUAACUGUAAUAAAAUGACUAGGGUAGGUGUAUAUAUACAAAGGCUACUCUAUCUACAAUGUCGCUGAAACAUUCUUUUAAUCAGAGUUUAAAAUGUCGAUGACCUUAAGGUAUACGUCACGUAUCCCAUUCUCUUGCAUUUAUUUAGUACGGAGAUUUUGUUCAACUUUUACACCUUUCGAAUAGCCCGUUUUAUAGCAAAAUACACAAAGCACCACGUAUUUGUAUACUAAAUUUAUACUAACGAUAGAUAACGAUGACGUCAACCUUGGCCAUUUUAUCAUGCCUAAUUCUAAAUACUUAACCGAGCGCACAACUUUCGAGAUUCGAGUCUACUCUUCACUAAAUGAGUACGAGAGUGAACGAAAAACCAAAACCAGAUAUCGGCUCUAUGGAAUUUGUGUGCAGGAAGAGGGAAGUGGCGUGACGUUCGGCAUAAACCGGCAUAUGUCGGUACAUGACUCUUUCAAUGCGCACAGGGCACACGGUUGCUUCUCUAUGCUAUGUAGAAUUUAUCGAGUUUAGUGCCAAUGUAAGUGUAACAUUAUUGAAAAAAAGUGAGAAAUAUAAAAAUUAUGAAACUUAAAAUGAUGAUAUUAGUAAAUUAUAGACUUGUGGGUGUUUGAUUUGUAUAUUGUGAACGUUAAUAGGAUAAUAAGAUACGUAUACUUACUACAAAAUGGCGGACGAAGAAUAUAAUAAGAAAGUAGAAAGCCUUCAACAAUACAUCCCGUUUUUGGAUAAUAUGAUUGCUCAACUUAAGGAUCCUAGUAAAAAGAACCGGGAACAACAACUCAGUAAAAUGGAAUCUCUACAUUCAAUGAUCACGGAUAGGAAGAAAAAAUUAAAACUGGAAACACUCAAUAAAUGCGAAGAUGUCAUCACUAAGUUGUAUUUAAAAGUAAACCACAAACCGUUUGUCCCAAAAAAGGAUUCCGAUCGUAGUCCUGUAUCGACUCCCUCUAGCCCUACGCCCGAGCAACAUAAUUUUUUCAAAGCCGUAACAAUACCAACGGAAAGAUCGGAACCUAAAUCGCAUAUCCCGAAAGUUGAUAUUUACAGCAGUGCUGCAGAAAGCUUGAGGCGAUCCAAAUUACAAGAGAGUCCCCGCCAUUCAGGAAAAGUAGCGGAUCUUUCAAAACCCCCCAUCAGUCUUGACGAUUUGAAAUGUUUAGAAGUUGAUGUACGUGAAAAAAUUAACGAAAACGCUUCACUGAGAGAAUUGAACGCUAUUAGAAAUAAGAUCGCAACAGAACUCAUUUUCGAAAAUAUUAAAUCUAUUAUUACGCCAACUACGUCUACGACUGUCACUAACGUGGACUCUAAUGUUAAUCCGGUAAAUAGCAACACGACAGCUCGUGAUGCUACUAAAAAGAUCGAUACGUUUUUUGAGGCAUCUCUCGCAAAUUCAAACAACACUGAUACAAAAACGUCUGAUGAGAAAAGCAAUUUAAAGAAACCUAUAUCCCUUAUUCUUAAACCAAAAGCAAGCCCAAAAAUCUUGAAAGAACCCGCUAGCAUCUUCGGAAGUAUUCUUUCAAAUAUCGAUGAAAAGAUAAUUGGAGACACCAAAAAGAAAUUUGAAAGGCGGAGUUCUACUGAAAAGACUUGGACAUCUAACGACAGUAAGAAAGAAUCUAACGAUAGUAAAAGAGAAUCUAACGAUAGUAAGAAAGAAUCUAACGAUAGUAAGAAAGAAUCUAACGAUAGUAAGAAAGAAUCUAACGAUAGUAAAAAAGAAUCUACCGAUAGUAAGAAAGAAAGAAGGAACUCCAAAGACGAAAAGAGAAGCUCUAGAGACGAUAAAAAGAGCUCCAAAGAAGAAAAAAAGCAUUCCAAAGAAAAAAAGCAAUCUAAAGAAGAUAAAAAGAUCCAUAAAGAAGAAAAAAAGAUCGCCAGAGAAGAAAGAAGGAAUUCGAAAGAAGAAAAAAGGAACGCCAAAGAAGAAAAAAAUUCGACAAAGGACGAAAGCAACUAUAGAAAUUUCGAUUUAUUUGGAAACAAAUUUAAUAAAGAAAAGGAAUUUAAAGCUGCGAAUAAUGAUGCAGAUUUAAAAAUUGGAGAGAAUAAAUUAGGAUCUAACACUUAUACUACUACCGUAGAAAAAAUAAAAACUGAAUGUGAUUUCAUCUAUGAUGAUUUAGAUACACAGCCUGCGCCAAUUCCAAGUAAAAUUGGGACCAUGAGUGAACCUAAAGUUGAACCAAACACACCAUAUAAACGAUUAGCUGAUAAGUACAAUCCGAAACCUCGAAAAUCUAACGUGGACGCUGAUGUAGAUAAAGCUGUAACUGACAUUAUAGAAGCUAAUAUGAAAGUUUCCCCUCCGAAACUUCCACCUAUGCCCAAACCUGAACCGCCUCCACCACCGCCUGCUAGUUUGGUUAAAUGCGCGCAGCAAAUGGACGUCGAAUUAUUUAGAACUCUACAGGCCAACCUAAAUCCUCCUCACACAAAUAUAAAUCAUCCUCACACAAAUAUAAAUUCUCCCCAUAUAAAUAUAAAUCCUCCCCAUACGAAUAUAAAUCCUCCCAAACCUCUAAUGAAUAAUUUAAUUCAAAGACAAUCUCUUUUAUGUAAUCCACCUAAUCCGCACGUUAGUCCAUCCAUACUGAUGUCUCCGAGAGAUAAUUUCAUAUCUGACUAUGCGAGAGACGAAUUCAACACUCUAAACCAUAAUAGGCGACCAGUUUUCGAACAAACGAUAUCUGUCAUUUCAAGCAGCAGAUUUAUGCCGCCUCAACCUCAACAAAAUCAAAUGUUCAAUCCCGUCUAUAAUAAUUAUAAUCAGAAUCACAUGGAUCCAGGUCCGCCGCCAUUGUUAGAUUAUCAAGCGCCUCAAAGUAUUUCUUCUCGCCCUUACAACGCCGGCCCGCCUUUAUUGUCGCCCGAAAUGCCCCAUUUCUACGAACAAAAACACAAUUUCGGAACCGUCAUGAACAGAGACAUGUUUCUCCCUAAAGAAGAUCUAAGGUGGCGGCUCGAAGACAACAGACCCACUUGGGAUCGCCGAGAAUUCGAACAACAAAGAUUCAGAGGCCCGAUGACGUAUAAAGAACACAGAGAAUUGCGAGAAAACACAAGGGAUCCGAGGCUGCUUAGAGAUCCUAGAGAGCGUACGGUUCCUCGAGAAACCAGAGAUUUUAGGGAUCUUAGAGAAAUCCCGAGAGAUCCUCGAGAAAUCGCGAGGGAUCCUCGAGAAAUCGCGAGAGAUCCUCGAGAAAUGGCUAGGGAUCCUCGAGAAAUGGUAAGAGAUCCUCGAGAAAUGGCUAGGGAUCCUCGAGAAAUGGCGAGAGAUCCUCGAGAAAUGGCAAGGGAUACUCGAGAAAUGGCGAGGGACCCUCGAGAAAUGGCGAGGGAUCCUCGAGAAAUGGCGAGGGAUCCUCGAGAAAUGGCGAGGGAUCCUCGAGAAAUCGCGCGGGAUCCUCGAGAAAUCAUGAGGGAUCCUUGGGAGAACAGGGACAUCCGAGAAAAUAGAGUUCGAGAUCCUAGAGACUCUUCAGAAAACAGAGAUCGUGAAAUAAAAGAUCCAAGAAUGAAUAGAGAUAAAUUUCAAGAACUAAAAGAGAAAGAAUCUAAAGGAAGGGAAACGAAAGAAAGAGAAUCGAAAGAAAGAGAAUCUAAAGAAAGAGAAUCUAAAGAAAGAGAAUCUAAAGAGAGAGAAAUCAAAGACAGCCCCGAAAAAGCUACUAGAGAUCCUAGACUGAGUAAAGAAGGUAGUGAUUCCGAAAGGGGUAAAUCACGAAGUCGAUACGAAUCUACCAAAUUUGAUCGUAUUUACUCGACUACAAAUAAAGAUGAUUCACGUUCGACGAGAUCUGACUCAAAAUCUAAGUCGACCGCAGAAAAAAAAGAAUCAUUUAUAUCGCCGUUAGAUAGCUUAUAUGUUGGAAAAGAAGAACAUAGAACUGGAAAGGGGUAUGGCGUUCAACCUUUCCGGAUUCCCAAAAAGAAAAUAAUAGAAAAGAAACCACAGAUAAUCGAUUUAUCCGAAGACACAAUCGAUAAUGAUAAUGUAGGUGUAAGUGGAGAUGAAUCGCCUAGUGUGGAAAAACAGUCUGAGAAAGAACUAGAUCAAGAAUAUAAAAAUAAUAAAGCUACAGACAACAAAGCAACUCCUGAAUCAAAUACUGAAAGUAAUUUAGAAACAAAAAGUGAUAAAGAAAAUACUGAUAUUCCACAAAAAAUUGUAGUAGAAGAACCUACAAUUAUAUUAGACCUCGAACAUGAUGCACAAGCAAAACCCGAAUCAGAAAACGUUACUCAGCCUCAAACUUCACUAAAGAACGAAGAGACAAAGCCGCCUACUGAACAAACAAUAUUAGCACAUUUCUUCAGUAAUCUUCUGUCGAGUCAGAACAAAAAGGAUAAAAAAACUGCACUCUAUUCACUCAUAAGUACUUUUUCAGAUACAUUUAGUACCAAAGAGUUAGAAAAAAUUACUAAAAUUAUUAAUACAAAUGAAGAAGACGCCGUUUCUGAUGAAGACGAGCACCCUAAAGAAAAAGAAGAAAAACCAACCGCAGACGCGGAUGAUAAUAAAAAUGUUACAGUAGAAACAAAAGAAGCAACUGUCGAGCAAAUUGAAACAGUAGACGAUAAUAAAACAAUUGAACAUGAAGACGAAACAACUGAACCAGUAAUUGUACCCAACAUUUCCAAGCGAAAACUUAGAUCGAGACGAAUUUCUUCUUGUUCAUCUUCAAUAGAUAAAUCAAUUGCUAGCACUGAAACAUCGGUUCUUUCUGAAAGCAUUGAAGAUAUACUCGAUGCGGAAGCACCAUUAGUCGAAUCAGCCGAAAAUGUCAUUGUUAGUGUCGGAGAACGAAUAAAAUCACGCAGACGAAUUGCUAGUAGACCAAAGAAAAAAUGUAGAUCAGAAUUAGAUAAGCUCCACGAGGACAUACAAGAAAUGUUCAUUAGAGACGGAGUUUUAACAGCCUCUGGAAGGCGAAUGUGUAACUUAUUGAAGGACGAUCCGUGUGUUCUAACCAACGAACCAGAACUUACAACGAACGAAGAAGAAGCGGCAGCAGUAGUCGUAAAAAGUCGCAAAAAACCAGGACCUAAACCGAAACAUAAACCUCCUAACGAAAGUGAAGUCAAAGCUAUGAAAAAUGUACGGGUAAUGAUUCAAAAAAUACCAGAAAUGGAGAAGACUUCGGUAGCUAGAAGACUUACUAGAAGUAUGACGGUAGUAGAGGGACAAGAAGAUGAAGAGAUUUCAGGUUCGAGUAAGGAAGUCAGCGGCGCAGAAGAUACCGUCGAUGAAAAUAGUGACACCGAAAAAGAUACACUAUCCCAAACGUCAACGGAUACUCAGAAAUCCAAAGAAAGAAAACGAAAACGUUUAAAAAGUAGUUGGGCUAGUGGAGUAAUUAAAAAGAAGAAAAAGAAGCAGUCGAACGCUGACGACUCAACGUCACAAAAAUCUCCAGAACCGGAACCAGAACUAGAACCAGAAGAAAAUCCUGAACAUACCAUGGGCGACUUUUUAACACCAGAUAAGAAUUAUUACGUUAAUUUCGCAUCACAAAAAACAUACGCUUGUAGAUUGUGUGAAUUCCAAGGAAAAUUUAUAACUACUCAUUAUAAGACUACUCAUCCUGAAUCUGAAGUGAUGAGUUCUAGAUUUAGUCCCGCCAUUUCAGCCGAGGCGAUAGAAGAUGCUAAAAAGAAUAUGGACAGGUACGAGAAGUACCAAGAUAUAAGACCCAGUACCAAAAUAUUUUAUAUUUGCCGCUUCUGCGAUUUCAAUACAACCGUUGUUCCUACAUUAUUUUACGACCACUUAUCAACGCAUACUGGAGAAUAUCGACAUGUUUGUCCUUCGUGCAAUUCUGCCUUUUGUAAUGCUAAAAGUCUUAAGUCGCAUAUACAAAACUCCCAUCCAGAGCAAGAGUACAGCAAACCAGUACAACGAAAAGCCUAUAAUUCCAAUUUCCAAUUUGGCUACCUUUGCGGUGAAUGUAAUUAUGUCCAGAUUAGUAAAACCAACAUGGACGAGCACGUGAACAUUUAUCAUUUAGAGAAACCCUCAAUCUAUAAAGUGAAUUUAUCAUCCCAUGUGGAUGAGAAAAUUAAACAAUUUUAUGAAGAAAAACAAGACAGACAAAAAGCUGCUUUAGAACAAUCUUCACAAAAAGAAGCCGAAAUUAAAACUAAAUCGGCAGAUGUAAAAAAAACGGUCGAAUCCAAUGAGAAAAAACAAAAGGUCAGUAAAGAAUUACCAGCAGAUCCUGAUAUUUCAGAAAGCGUCAAAACUCCGGAAGUACCGCCAAAGAUAAAAAAGCCUAUCCGCAACAAACCUGGUCCUAAAUCGAGGAAAAAAAUCGUGGAAAAUUCCGAACCUUCCGUUUCAAUUCCUAAACCAACUUCGGCAGUAGUCAGUGAAGCUAGUAUUCCCAAAACUAUCAUUGACAAACCAAAAUUCUCAAGAGCCGAUGCUACGUUAGACACCGAAAAGAUACUACCAUUUAGAUCCAAAAGAGCUGCCAAAGAAAAGGCUCAAGAAAAAUUAAAAGAAAUUAUGGAAGUAAAUGAAGGUUCGCACAGAAAAAAGUCUAUCCCGGAAGAAAAUAAAAACACUAAAGCAGCACAAGCAGAGACAGGUUUAAAUACUAACAAUAAAAAAGAAGAAAUUAAAGAUAAUGCUAGCUCGGAUAAAAGUUCUUCAGUUGUUGAAGAAACUCUCGGCUCCGAAACAGAUGCUAGUUCUGUUCGCGAAGAAAUCGUUAAUGAACCAUCUCCAGCGCCCACACCCUACGAUUUGGCGAAAGUGGUUAAAAAAGAAAUAGAAAUGAACGUUUUUACUUGUAAUACAGAUAUUCAGGAAGAAAAUAAAAAAAUCGAACAAGAACGACUGCAAAAAAUGGACGAACUGAAUAAAUCUUUCGGUUCCAGAACCUCUUUAAACUUCACAGAUAAACUGUGUAAUCGCCUUAAUCAAGACGUACCGGUGAAAGAGGAACCUAAAGAUGAUUUUAUAGAUACUAUGUACCUGAGCGUGCGAAAUAAAUCUCCAAUACCGAUGCCCGUAUUAGAGAAAAAUCCAUCAACUUCGGUCUCGAUGGAAAAAACACCUGUACAAGUAAAAAAACAGAUACUCGAAUCUGUAGACUCGCAUGUAACUACUCCUACUUUCGAUGUUGCUCAGAAAAACGAUAGGAACAUCAUGAACAUGAUAGAAAAACUCAGAGGAAAGUUAGAUGCCGAUGAUAAUUUCAAAUUAAACGAAAUGGAAACCGACGAUGAUAAUGACGGCCCACCUCCUCUAACCCAUGUCAACGAACUGACCAACAUCAUACCAUCCGAUGCGUCAGUUAAAACUUUAGAAGUAUGCGGUUUAUUGAAAGUUAUUAAAUCUAUCGAUUCGACGACAUUCUCUUGUCUAGUACCGCCGUGCGUUUUUUCGACCGAGAAUCAGGACCAAUUUCAAAUACACUGUAAGGAGAAUCAUGUUUACGGCGUCCCAGGACGGAGUUCGACGUUGUGCGAAAGUUGCGGCAUGGAAAUAAAUACAACCGAUGAUGCUAAUCUAUUAGAAAACUUGUUUAAACAUACAAUCGUGCAUCAUGCCGAUUUUAUAACGAGCAAUGAUCGUUCUACUAAACCGCCUGCCCGCAUGUUGAGAAUCAGAAAACUUAGCGGCGAUGCGUUAUCUGUGAUCAAAAAGGACGAGGAGCCCGAGGAAAAGGUUACGCCGAGUGAAAUGACCGAUAUUAAAGAGCCAAGUGCUGGUUUGGAUACGGAAAAUAAAAGUCCGGAUGCCAAUGACCAAGCCGAGGAUAAUCCGUUUCCAUUUAAAAUUUCGGGUGUUAUGUCUCUUGCCGAACCUCAGGCUCAGCCUCAGCUUCCACCGUUGACGCCUAUCGCAAAACCUGCCGUACCGAUUUUAGUCAAAGAGGCUAAAAUGACAGCCGCUGAAAUUGCAAGACCGAAGAAAACUCAGAAAGCCUUGGCUAAAUUUAUUGAAGACGUUGGAAAUUUGUACAAAUGUCCUUACUAUUAUUGCGUUUUCACUACGAAUUUCAGAGAGUUUUUAGAAAGACAUUUGAAAGCCCAUAAUCUAGAUAAGGACUACAUGGUACCAUGCGUGUAUUGCGAUUUGAAAACUCCUUGGGAACAUGUAGCCAUACAUAUAGACAUUAGGCACGCUAACUGCAAAUAUGCUUGCUCAUAUUGUUUGUACCGGGCGUGUCUAAAAAAUUACGUAUUCCUACAUCAAGACCGCUCGCAUCCAUUAUUGGAUUACUCCGUUAUAGCGUUACCAGCGUCGAAAGCGGCUAAGAAGUUCGCCAUUGCUGAUAUAAAAAUUGAUCCGAAGACGCUUUGUGAACCAUACAAGUGUCUACCGACGUGUCACAUUGAAUUUCUUUUCGAGAACGAAUUUAAUGAACACUUAACGCAACAACAUCAAGGCUUCCUGACUUGCGGCCAUGACGAUUGUUCCAGUAGAGUAAUGGUUUCUAAAAUGAUCCACCAUUGGUCGGUAGCUCAUGCAAUUUCCGUUUAUCAAUGCAGCUACUGCAAGACGAACUCAAACGAACUUAACUUGAUGUACCAUCAUUUAUCUCAAACGCAUCAGAAUUUAAAUCCAGAGAUCCUUGUCAGGAUAAUAUCUCCUAAACCGGAUAAUAUGUUGCUAGGUUAUAGUGCUGAAGCAUUUAAAAGAAUGAGAAGGAUUGCAACUUUACCAAAUAUAACUGAAGGCGAGAAGGAUGAAGUACCCCCAAUGGUUCAGGAGCCUGUGAAAACCGCGCAGUAUAUUCCGCCCCUGCAAGUAGUCACGAGUGCGCCUCAAAAUAACUUGUCGAGACCAAUUUUACUAUCGACUUCCGGAAGUAUUCCAUCGGCUUCUACAGUAACGACUUCAAAUGUGAACUUGUCGAAACCAAUUUUACUACCGACGGUUGGAAGUAUGCCACCGGGUUCCUCGGUAACGACUUCUUCGGGCAACGUAUAUUUGGUUACGAAUUCUCCUGUCGGAGGAUUAAAAAUGAACACAACUACGCAACAUUCUUUGCUGAAAGCGAAUACGACCGGACAAAAUGCUUUGUUAAAGGUUACACCGACUUCUUUAACGAAAGUCAAUGCAGCUGGGCAAAAUUCUCUGAUGAACGUGAAUGGUGGUCAAAUGAACUUAUCCGUGAUCGGUUCAGUUAACCAGACGACUUCGACAAUUACAACCAAAGCAUUGACUUUGCCGACUCAAUCAUCGACAAUGCCGGCUUUAAACGCUUCAGUUCAAAUGGAAAGUUCGAAUCUGCUAGAAACAGCACCAAGUAUUGCAAGCUUGGCACCUCUGGAACACGUCACUUUAAGCGAAGAAACUAAUCAGGACGAUAUAUCCGAAUGCGACGUAGAUCCUUUAGACCUAGGAGAUGCUUCUACAUCCAAAACCGUGACGUACAGUUCCGAAGACGAAAGCGAAAGCGGCAAAUCCAAAUUGAAAUCCGGGUUAUUAGGAUAUCAACUAUUCAGAUGCGCACAGUGCGAAUUUUCCUGUUCGAAUUGUUCCGAUUUCAGGAAGCAUGUCGCGAAAUCGGCGGACUGUCUGUCUACGGAGUUUCUAAAUAAACCGUAUAUUUGUAUUCAUUGUAGGAAGCCUUUCAGAAGCCCGCAUAUAUUAGCGGAACACAUCCAGUGCCAUGGGGUGCAUCGAUAUUCGUGUUCGUUGUGCGCUAUCAAAUUUCCGAAUUCUUCUCAAGCCAGGCUUCACAUGAAAACACGUCAUAGCAUCGGUCAGACAACUCAAUCUCUCUUACCUGGAAAAUUGGCUUCUGGUUGCGAAGAAUUCAUUAUUAAACCGAAAUCGCAAAUGAGCGAGUCCGUACCAAAGGAAACCAUCAACGUUGAGUUACCUUUAUCGAGCACAAUUACGGACAAUAUUUAUGGUCCUGAUGAAAUCGAGAAAAUUCCUAUUCGUUCCAUAUUUAGCUCCGAUUUGAAAUGUGGAAUUUGUACGUACACUACCAAAGUUAGGACGAAUAUGGUAAGGCAUUUGCAGUUCCAUUCCCAAGAAAAAGCAGUACCCGAUAGCGCGCCGGUGAAUCCAGUGCCAUGUUUGGAAAAGAACGAGAAGAUGUUCGAUAAAAUGAUAAAUUUGGCAUCGAGUUCUCAUAAGAGCAAAAUGGGCGGCGGUGGCAAGUCUGAGAAAGACGUCGACAGCAUUCCAGAAUUCAUACCGUCCCAUACGCGUUAUACAUGUUGCGCACAGGGCUGUAACUACAUAUGCCCAGAAGAGGCGAAUCUUCGCCAUCAUCUCAUGGCUCUUCACGAUGGAGAAACUUCUUUUGUUUGCGUUCAUUGUAAAGCUCAACUUACACCUACAGAUACAGACAGUUUAAUCAAGCAUCUUAAGUUACACGGCUUGCAGCUUUAUAAGUGCCAGUAUUGCAGCGUUGUACAUCAUUUCAAGCACAAAGUCGAGAAACAUUGUAACGAUGCACACGCGGAUGUGCCUAAUAAGGUGUUAACUAUAAGACACCUGGAAACGGAACCUGUAAAACCGAAUGAGUCUUCAUCCAGUUCUUCUCCUCCAGUAGCAAAUCUAACUAAGCCUAACAAACUGUGGCGGUGUUUGAUGUGUAAAUUCAAAACCUCUACGGAAGAGGGCGUUCGGAUUCAUGCUUCAGAAAAACACGAAAUCGAAACUCAGUAUAAAUGCGCGCUUUGCGCUUACAAAUCAGAUGAUAAAUCAACAUUUGCUCAACAUUACAAAGACCAUCAUCCCAAACAGGACAUCGACAUCAUCCACAGUUACCGGAAGUUCGAGGAAGAAAAGGAGGGCAUUGUUUGUGACAGUUUCGAUACGACUCCGCUAUGGCAAAGAGAUAGGCCAAGGAUUAAACAUAUUAGAGGUAUUCUCUUUGACGAUGCCGCUCCGACGUCCGCUUCCAAGAGUCCCAAAAAGCCGACCAAAACGGCUACGUCGAUAAACGCGAAAAGCGCAACUCGUAAUUUGGAUAUGGCCAUUGAAUCUGUAGCAACUGGAAGUGGCACUGGGCGAAAAGAUGACGGUAUAGAUUUUAUCGAAAAGGUUAAUAAAUUGAUGAAGGAUACUCCGAUUUCUCCCGUUAAAGAACCCAGUGACGUUAUCGUAAUAGAUGACGACGAUGAUACGCAAGUUGUGUCUCAGAAAGUUGCCGCGAAACGAAAAAGUACGGAAACAAUUCACCAAUCUGCUAAAGUGGUUAAAACGGAGGAUACCAAAGAUGUUGGUUCUACUAGUAAAUAUGCUGCGGACGAUGGUGAUGAUGAUGAGGAUGAUGAUGAAGAUUUGGAGAAAAACAUAAGAUUGGAUUUUGGUCAAUUUGGAUUACCUUUAAAUAAACAACUCAAAUGUCCCGUAUGCAAUAAGUUCAAGUCGAAGCGGAUUUCUGAUUUCAUCUUUCAUUUGUUUAAAGAAAAACGUGUCUACAGGUACAAGUGUGCCCUCUGCGGUGACGAAAGCAUCACUUAUCGUUACAUGUCGAAGCAUGUUAAAGAGCACGAAGAGGAAUUUAAUCUUGAUUAUAUAAUUACGUUGGAUAGAAACCCCAAAUUGGAACUGUGGCUGCAAAUGCUUAUCAGAUCACAAUGUACAAGAAUAGUACCAUCGCUUGCUAAGUCUAUCAUGGCAUCAUCCUCUGACCCAAAGAAGGUAUUGUGUCGCUACUGCAACAGAUGGUACAAAAACGAGCAAGAACGAAACGAACACGCUCUCACACAUUGGAGUUGUAUCCCGUACAAAUGCGGAGAUUGUCAAUUUACAAGUUACAGUCGUAAUUCGAUGAAAAGACAUUGUACGAAAAUCCAUGCCAGCGCGAAUCCGAACAUAAUCGAAAUGGGUCCGACCGUUUUGGGUGAACUUCAACAUUCUGAUUAUUUGCAUAUGAAAGAGGUCGAAGACGAACUCGUUGAACCGUUGACGAAAGAGGCCAUCACUGAAGUGUUGGUACCAGCAACCACAAUUUCUAAUAUGAUCGACGAGUCCGAGCAAGAUGGUACAGUACUAGGAAUGGCGGAUAUUCUUGAGCCCGAUGUCAAUAUAAUGGAUGUAGACUCGUCUUAUCAGGCUGUGAAUGAUUUGGUAAUCGUGAGCAAAACUGACACGAACGUACCGCAAAACGGUGACGCAUACUGCUGCGAGUACUGUCCAUACAUGUCAAAUUCCGAACCGAUAAUGUUGUCGCAUAUUUCCGGCCAACACGAUAACAUGCAUAUCAAAUUCAAAGUAUUGAAUCAGAGGACUUGCUUUUUGAAAAAGGAAGAAUUCGUUGCUUGCAUGAUCUGCGAUGAGGUCGGUUCGGAAAUUCAAAUAAGGCAGCACCAUAUGAAGGUCCACGAUGGGGAAACGUUUGUGUUCUACAGAUAUGUCUGCAACGCCUGCAAUAAGAAAUUCUGUAAAGUAACUGGCUUAAAAUUACAUUCUCAACGAGUUCAUCCUGGUGUACCAGUCACAUAUACAGGACUUUUCAAUAACAUCAUUGGAGAUGUUCCGCACAAAUUUCCGAAAGAGAAAAGAACCAAAGCUUCAAGCGAUGCGACGCCGGCCAGGAAUUUAUUAACAGUGUUGACGCCUACCGUGAAAGGUUGGAAGAGAUAUGCGUGUACAGAGUGUUCAUAUCAAAGAGAUUUUCCACCUUCCGGUGUUAAUAAUGUGAGAUGUCACGUGAAGACCCAUUUCAAACCGUACUUGUGUGGAGAAUGUGGUUUAAAAUCCAAAACUAAAACAGACUCAGUUUCCCAUUUCCGAACGAACCACACGGGACUAGUAGAAAAUAUAAUAUACGAUAAAGACGCAGAAGAAUCAUUCCAGGAAUGCAUGAGGAUCAUUCAUAGCGAAGCGAUGCCGAUACCAGACCCAAACGCUGCGCGUCAGGAAGUCAAAGGAAAAACAGUCGCCAAAAAAUCGACGUCGACUCGCUACGUACCACCGAUGGAAGAGUUUAGUUACUAUGGAAGAAGCGCAGAAAAAGAAGACUUGUUCAAAAUAAUGACGACCGUAGAAAUCAAUGGGAUUUGUUUGGACAUGACCGCCGAUAAACUAGGAAAGAUAUUCGAUUUGAAUCCGAUCGUCGCAUUGCAAAAGUGCGACGCCGAACCGCCGAUUAUCGAGAUCGAUUCUUGACCUGAACUGAACGCCAUCGAUUUUAUUUUGGACGAUUUUAGUGUGGACAGUUUCGAGUUGGAAAAUAUCAUUCCAUCGGUGGAUAAUUUUUUGAACGACAAUUUCCCGGAUCAUGAGUACUUUUAAGAUUGUGAACCUUUAAUUACUAUUUUAAACUUUUUUUAAUGUUCGCUUUAAAAAAAUAAUGAAGUAAUAAGACUUGAUUUGCUUAUACUGAGAAACUUUUUAUUUUUUGUUAUUUAUUACUCGGAGCUAAAUUUUAUUAGCUUCUUAUUUUUCUAUUAAAAAACAUGUCUGUGAUUGAUAUCAUUUAAAUAUUACCCCUGUAAAUAUUAGCUACUUUAGGGUUAAGAGAAAUAAGUUAUGCGUUAAGUUUUAAAGUUCGCGUAGUUGUAAGUUUUUGUAAAAUAAAAUAUUACCAAAAAUGUGUUGUAUUGGUUUCAUUGAAAUUAUUUUUAUUUAAAG